AUGGAUCUUUCAACGAAAGACACGAGAAGUAAAGAUGAGAAGAAAGUACUUCGUAAACAAAUCAAAGCUACUCACACUUUACUAAAACAUGAAGGAAUCCACACCACGUCAAAACCCUCGAAGCAUCUGGUUGUUUCAAAUGGUGGCCUUGGGAAUGGAGUGAGCCGUGAGUAUCUGUCCAUGACACUGGAAGAAAUGGGAGAGGUGCAAAUGCUUGUCAUGCCCCCUCACAAACCAUAUGCCUUUGUGACAUUUAGUUCUGAGGAAGUGGCUCUCAAAGCUCACAGAGACCUUAAUGGACAUAGGCUGCACUGUGGUGAAAGCAGUGUCACUCUAUAUCUUAGCUUUGUGGAAGCAGUUAAGUGCCCAGGAGAAGAAAUAGUUGAUCUGCCAGAAGGUUUGACUGUAGUAGAAGACUUUGUGUCACCUGAAGAAGAAAAUCUACUUCUUGCAUCAGUUGACUGGUCUUCCAUUUGCGAUCAGGACACUGCUCAAAAAGCUCUCAAGCACAGGAAGGUCAAACAUUAUGGUUAUGAGUUUCGAUACGACAACAACAAUGUGGAUAAAGAAAAGCCUUUACCUGCACAUCUUCCUGAGGAGUGUGCGCCUGUAUUACAACGCUGUAUACAGCAUGGAUACAUGAGUAUAAUGCCAGACCAGCUGACCGUCAACCAGUAUGAAUCUGGGCAAGGUAUUCCUCCACAUGUGGACACUCAUUCUGCUUUUGAAGAUACCAUCAUGUCACUGAGCCUGGGAGCACAGACAGUGAUGGAGUUCCGUCAUCCCGAUGGCCGCCUUGUUGCCGUGGUGCUGCCGCCGCGAAGCCUGCUGGUGAUGAAAGGGGAGAGCCGAUAUCUGUGGACCCACGGAAUAACACCUCGUAAAUUUGACAUGGUUCCCACUGCUGACUCCGGAGGUCCCAUUCGCACAGUGUCCAACCUCACACAAAGCAAUCUGACUUUAAGCAAGAGGGACACCCGCACCUCAUUUACCCUUCGCAAAAUCCGCCAUGAGCCCUGUGGUUGUGCCUUCCCCUCGGCCUGUGACAGCCGAGGCUCUCAGUCAGCUCCUCUGCCCUCCUCGCUGGCCCCUCCCACCCUGCCCCGUUGCCACGCCGAUGCAGCCCAUCUGGAGGAGCAGUAUGUGCACCAGGUGUACGAUGCCAUCGCCUCCCACUUCAGCAGCACGCGGCACUCUCCGUGGCCCCGGGUGUGUGACUUCCUCCGCGCUCUGCCUCCUGGAAGCGUGCUGGCUGACGUGGGCUGUGGGAACGGGAAGUACUUAGGGGUCAACCCACAGGUGGCGGCGAUGGGUUGUGACCGCAGCAGUGGCCUCACCCACAUCUGCGCAGAGAGGGGUUUCCAGGUGUUUGUGUCUGAUGCCCUGAGCGUUCCUUUGAGGACGGCCAGCUGUGACGCAUGCAUCUCUAUCGCCGUCAUACAUCACUUUUCAACUCCGAAGCGACGUAUUGAGGCUGUAUUCAUGGCGGCGUACGGCGGCAGCUUCGAGAGCGUGAGCAGCAUCGAAGAAAGAAAAGAACUCAAGCGACAGGCUCGACAGGAGGCUGUAGACAAGGCCAAGCAAAAAUAUGAAAAAGAGGAAAAGAAAAAGGAACUCAAACGACUUCGAGGGGAGGACACUUGGAUGCUUCCCGAAGUUAACCAACGGCUGCAAGAAAUCGAAGCGGAAUCGUCUUUAAAGAAAAAGAAAAAAGAGAAGAAAUCCAAAAAGAAAAAAGAGAAGAAGGAGAAAAAUAAAAAAUCCAAGAAGGAAAAGUCGUCAGCUGGGGAUGGAUCCAGUGGCAGCUCAGAGGACUCUGGUGAUGAGUGGGUUGAAGCCCAGUCUUCGGCUAAAGCAUGGCAAGUUCCUGAUGAGGCUAAACCAGAGGACAGCUCUAAUGCAGGGCAGAAUAUACAGAGGGAUGAAUGGAUGACCUUUGAUUUUCUGGCCAUGCAAACUACAUCUACCACUGAGAAAAGAGCGGCAAAAGAAAAGCAAAAAGAAGAGGAGAGAGCCAAGGCGGAGGCAAUCGAGCAGGCUGGCCUUCACAAAUUGGAACUAAAUCCCUUCUGGAAGGACGGAGGCAGCGGUCUUCCCCCAGAGCAGGCCGCAGCCACAGCGGUCCACAAAGCUUCGGUGGCCAAUGAUGGUGGUCUGAGCUGGCUGAGAAAGAGCUAUCAAAGGAUGAAGGAGCAAGCCGAAAGGGAACAACGCGACCUUGAGGAGAUUGUGUCUGAACGAUAUGGGUCUAUGGAAGAGUUUCAACAAAGACUCGCCGAAGCUGAAGAAGCUGUUUACGGAGAAAGAAGAAGAGGAGGAGAGGGCUCACGACGAGGUGGAUGGAGACGAGGGGAGGAGGAGGACAGACGGAGAGGGUCAGAACGAGAGCGAUGGAGACGGCCUGAUCGUGACUCUUCCCCGGGACGUUCACACAGAGACAGAGAGCGGCGUGACGACAGAUACAGACGCAGCGACCACGACAAGGACGGUUACAGGGCAAGAGACCGAGACCGAGACAGACGACACAGGGAGCGGGAUGGAAAUGCAGACAGAGGUGGGCCGAAGGACAGAGACAGAGACAGAGACAGAGACAGAGGGAAGUCCGGUUCAGCCGCUUCUGGUGAAGACUGGAGUCCACCUCUGGCUUUGGGAUCGCUAAAGGCCAAAUUCCUCAAACCAUCAGAAGAGGAGAGCGCUCCUGCUCCAGACAGGCGGCGUCCACCAGCCAAGUUGUCUGCUUUUCUUAAACCCAGCUCUGAUGAUGAAGACUCUGGUCCUGCAUGGAAGAAGUCCAGCGGUUCUGGAACCCAUCAUCAGGAAAAGAGUCAAGAACGAGAAGAAAAAAUUCUAAAUGUGGAGAAGCAUGCUACAGUAUCAACCAGCAAACCUGAGAGUGAGUCUGAAGAAGAGGAGGAAGUUCCGUUGCUGUCCGAGGAGGAGAUGAACAAGCUGGGAGCAAAGCUGGUGAAGGCUGAGCUUAUGGGAAACACGGCUAUGAUCGAGAAGUUGAAGUCCCAAUUGGAUUCCGCACGAGAAGCCAAAGAGAGCCAUGCAGCUCGGAGGAAGUUACAGCAGGAGACGGCCAAAGCUAACAAGACCCAGUCAAGUGAAGCCCAGGAGGUGUUACUGUUUCGAACUGACCAAUCAGGACGAGCCUGGCCUGUUAACGCUCCUGCUGGGUCUGUGGAGCCGCAUGGGGGACGCCGCAAGAAGAAAGCUAUUGAGACUCACGUGGAAGGAGAGCGCGUGAGAUAUUUCCAGGAUGACGACAACAUGGGUCUGCAGGAGAUGGUUCGCAGAGAGAAGAUGAGCACUGCCCAAGACCAGAAUGCUCUGUACUCCCGAAUGGCCGCCAAGAUGAUGGGGAAGACAGACGGAGAUAACUACACGUUGGAUGACAUGUUUGUGUCGAGCGCUGCACAGCGAGAGGGUGAGGGCAGGGAGGAGGAGAGGAUGAGGAACCGCGCCAUUGGGGAGACCCGACAACUGGCCGCCUUCAUGGAGAAAUGCAGACACUGUUUCAGCAGCCCAGAGCUCCCAAAGCACCUCAUAGUGGCUCUCGGAACCAAGGCAUAUUUGAGUCUUCCCGCUGGUGUGUCCAUGAGCGAGGGCCACUGCCUCAUCUGUCCUCUUCAGCACCACUGCUGUGCCACAGGGAUAGAUGAAGACGUCUGGGCUGAGAUGCAGCUUUUCCGUCGCGCUUUGGUGCGAAUGUUCGAGUCCCAAGAUUUGGAUUGUGUCUUUUUGGAGACUCAUAUGAAUCCAAGGAAAAGACACCACAUGGUCCUGGAGUGCAUCCCACUUCCCAAAGAACUGGGCGAUAUGGCACCGAUAUAUUUCAAGAAAGCCAUUAUGGAAUGUGAUGAGGAAUGGGCCAUGAACAAAAAAGUGGUGGACCUUUCUUCCAAGGACAUUCGCCAAGCUGUGCCGCGAGGACUGCCCUAUUUUGCUGUAGACUUUGGAAUGCAGGGAGGCUUCGCUCACGUCAUCGAAAACGAGCAGAAAUUCCCCCACUACUUUGGGAAGGAAGUGGUUGGUGGUAUGAUGGACUUGGAGCCUCGUCGCUGGAGAAAAUUGAUAAAAGAGAAUUUUGAUGAUCAGCGGAAGAAAGUUCUUCAGUUUGCUCAGUGGUGGAAGCCGUAUGAUUGCACCAAGACUGACUGA